AUGUCGACAUCUCCAGCAGUCGAUAGCGCGCGUCCCCCGCCAAUGUCACCAGUAGUCGACACCACCCGCUCACCUCCAAUGUCGCCUGUGGGUGAUGGGGUACGUCGACCUUCAGAUGUGCACUCACCUGUUGGUGGUGGUGUCCGGUCAUCCACAGGAGGACGUAGAGCGUCCAACCCAUUCGGACCCCGACGAUCGUUGGCUCUACCCAGGACCAGUCUUGCCGCACCCGCCAGAGAUCCAGGAGCCGUAAACCCAUACGCACCACCUUCGCUAGAGUACGACUUGCGCCAGAGAAAGCGUAGUAUCUUCAUCUUCUGGUUCCUCAUUCUCUUCGACUCCAUCGUCAUGCCUCUGGCUCUCUACUUUGGUCUAUGGUACGGAACAGACCUCUCGCCCAACACAGUCUUCUCGAUCGUUACAGCAGCCCUGGGAGGAAUCAGUAUUUUCGAAUACGUGCUACGCUUCUGGCAUCUAUGGAAGAAGGGCAGCAAGUGCCGUGUCAUUGGUGGACGCAGAUCAUACCUUGAUUGGUUCCACUGGAACUUCAGUUUUGCCUGGGUCAUCAUCAUCGUUGAGCUGAUUGUCGGCACCAUUCCGGAAAAUCCGCCGAUUCGUCUGCUCGCAAUGCCUUGCGCCUCUCUCAUGUACGCGUUUGGUUCUGAGUUGAUCAUUCAAGAUGGUAUGCGUCUUCUCGGCAUUCCAUCUCCCUUCCGUAUUUCAUCGAUGCCUGCCGGCUCUCAACUUCGUCCUGGUAUCUACUGGAUCAUCGAGGACAUCAUUGCCGUCGAUGGUGGCGGUAACAUCGAGUUCCGCGAGAGACUUAACACUCGCUACGAAGCCUCUCACUACUUCCGUCAGAUGCUUCACCGUUUGACCCUCUUCUGGGGUAUUGGCGCCGAGAUCGCAGCUGCCGUAGUUACCGCUCUUAUCUUCACGCUUCAGAAGGAUGCUGCCUAUGUGGUCGGCUGGACCGUUCCUUUCAUUUGGGCCGGUAUCUGGACUCUGGCCACAUUCUGGUAUGCCAAACGCUGUCUCAAGCAUGAGGCCGAGAUGUGGACGAUUGAGCAUGGAAAGCCUGUGGUCUAG